AUGCCCCGGCGGAUAGCGGCGCCUUUGGCGUCGGCUUCACCCAGGUCGGCGCCUUUCCGUUGCAUCUGGCGGCGAAGCGUGGGCGCUUGGAAGUCAUGGAGGCGCCCAACGGUCCGCAGGGGUGCUUCCUUGGACGUCGCCGACCAGAACGGCCGCACCGCGCUCAUGGUGGCUGCAGCGAGCGGCCAGUCGGCGGCGUCGGGGUGGCUCUUAGCGAAGAAGGCGGCGGUGGAUUGUCAGACCCACUACGGCUACACGGCCCUACACUACGCUGCUUUGGUGCCACGACCCGAGGUCGUCCGCAUUCUGCUGGACGCGAAAGCCCGCACAGGCUCUAUCGAUCGAGAAGGUCGCACUGCGUUGCAUGCGGCCUUGUCCACCUUACCAUCCGGUGGUCGAAGCCCGACGGUGGUCACCAGCUGUGAUCCCGCAGGUAUUGGCGAUGAGUAUUGCUACGACCACGACAUCUCUCACGGAUAUCGGAGGCUCGAACAGGAGGAGAUGCAGUUGAGGGUGGUGAAGAUGGCUGUGAGUGCACUACUCAGUGUUCGAGCUGACGUGGAGCUCCGCGACGGUACCGGCCGAAAUGCCUUGGACAUCGUCAAGGGCAAGCGCCGCUGGGAGCUCCUUCAGUGGUUGACCGAGGAAGGCCAGCCAGCUCGGACCGCAUGGUCCUUUCAGCUGGCGCGGGCACCGGGGCGGGCGGGGGGGCAGAGAUGCAACGAGGGCUCUCCCGGAGUUCGAAUGCACAGCCCACAUGUCACAAACACCCUUUGGCUUGAGGAGGGAGGCGCACUGCUGCUGGGCCUUCUGCAGCGCCAAAAAGUGGCGUGUGGAGUGGGUGGUUCGGUCCUGAUCACAUCCCCUCCAGCCAUGGCCUUCGCGACCGCCGCGGUCCGCCUGGCGGCCCUGGCGGCUUCCGUCCAUGGAGACCCGGCGCGGAGCGUCGGACGGAGGCGUGAGGAGCGCGUUCGGCCUUUCCUUCCGGGAGACGAUUUGAACUUUGAACCUGUGCAAGUGACAUCCCACUGCCACAAGGGGCAAUGGUGCCCAUUGCCCGAGAACUUCUUGUCGGCCAGUGAAGCAUGUGAAUUUGCGGUGCUGCGGGUCAACGAGAUGCGCCAGAAAUGUCAUGGCUUCACCUUAGCACCGAUCCGACGGCAAGACUACAAGGUGGCCGGCACGGUGCGCAAGGACAUGGAUGGAUACUCCGUGUACAAGCUGUUGCUGGAGCCCAUCAACAAGUUCGUGCCGACCUCGGUGGAGAUCGAAGUGGCUCAUUUGCAUCGGAUCACGGAUCUGUCCAUUUUUCAGGUGACCAAAGUGAAGCCUGCGGCGUGUAGCCUCUUUAGUGCCGCGGAUGAUGCCGAACUGAUGGUGCCCACCACGUGGAAAGAAACCAAGGAAGCGGCCGAAUUGGCUCGCCGGAUCUUGAACGAGCAGCGCAAGGCCUUGUGCCCUGAGCGGCCGAGCCUGCAACUCCUGCGCAUCCUGGCCGCCGCACGGCAGCCAGCGGAGGGCCAGGUGUGGAGACUACAGCUGGAAAUCCGGGAGGAGUUGGAAGAAUUCGGCGAGAAGAGCGGCAGCUUUGAAGAACAGAUCUUGGUGUCCUAUGCCUUGGACACAGAAGUGCCACAAGAGAUGGCCCUCAGUGCAGAGGUCUAUGCAGGCCGAUAUCCCUGCAAGAUGGUGCAUGAGGAGAAGGAGCAGACCACUCUGGACGCGGAGGAAGACCUCGAAAACGCCACGGAGCACGCCGCCGCGGCGUCGGUGAGGCGGCUGAGCUGGGACCCAACAUCCGCCUCGGAAGCGGUUGCAGCUGGAAGCAACCAAGUCGAGCGCCCCUUUGUGGAGCAAGGGUUGGAUCUGCCGGAUGACUUCGACCCCCGCCUGGAGAAGACCUUGUGCUUCCCUCGUGGCCUCUCAAGGCGUCAAGGCAGCUGUGGGGCCAGUUGGGCCUUCGCUUCAACGGCCGUGGCCUCCUUUCGGGAGUGUCUCACGUUGCUGCACCAAGGCGAGCAACCGGCCUCCUUGAACUUCUUCUCUGCACAGGAGUUGGUCUCCUGCUCAGCGCACCACGGCUGUUCCGGCGGCAGCGCAGCGGAGGCCUUCUACUACAUGAAGCAACGCGGCAUCGCGCGGGAGAACUGCUCGCCCUAUCGCAUGCGCUGUUUCCACGACCAAUCCACCAUCUCCAUGCAGGCGGCGGACUUCGAGACCUUGGGCCAGAACAGCUCCAGUUGUGCCGGUGCCGAUGGCCGGUCGAGUAAGACGCCCUGCAAGUGUUUGCCCAGCGUCUUCCACCUCACCAGCCCAGUGCUGUGCGACCUACUACCUGCAGCCUGCCCCAAGACGAAGAUUCCCAGCUUCUUCAAGAUGCGGGGCACCAAGGAGGGGAACUCUGUGCCGCAAUUGGAGCGUCACAUCAUGCAGGAGCUUCUCACAGAUGGGCCUUUGUAUGUGUCCCUGCUGCUCUAUGAGGAUUUCUUCGAUGCCUCGUCGUGGUCGGAGAGUGGGAUCUACCUCCACGAGCAGGGCGAGGCCUUUGGAAGGCACGGGGCUGCCUUGGUCGGCUGGGGCAGUGACUCGAACAGUCGAGACUACUGGCUUUUGCUGAACUCCUUCGGAAUGCAGUGGCAGCAGGGUGGCUACUUCAAGGUGCUGCGGGGUGACACCGACUUGGAGAUGUUGCACUACGGUGCUUGGGGCGCCGACUUCCAGCUUUCCGCUGCCGAGCGGAAACGUUUCCCUGCCAUCUUCGCCGUGGAGGUCUCCUUCUCUCCGGUGCCCGAGCGCCACGGCCUGGCCAGCGAGCCGCUCACCGAGCUCGAGCACGUCUGGCUGCGCGUGGCGUUCGCCACGGAUGAGCCGGCGACCUCGUUGAUCCGCGUCUCGGGCCUGGCCACGGGGCUGACGGCGGAAGUGGCCGAGAAUCUGACCACGGCCAAGAUCGAGCGCUUGGAGACCGUGGACGGCGCCGAGCGCCACAACACCGAGAUCGACCUCCUGAGGCACGAUCUCUUGGGCGACCGCCUGGAAUUGCGCAUUUGGGCCUCGGACCAUGCCAAAAACACGGGAGAUUGGGGCCCGGUGACCUUUGACGUGCCAGAGCUGCACGUCUUCCGGGCAGCGCUCAGCGACGGAGGCCUGCGACGCCGCCUUGAGAGUGGGCGUAACGGUCUGGAGGCGCUUGCGGGCACAAAGGUGCUCGUGGUGUGA